AUGACUACGAACGAUGCUGCGAACGACGACGAGUGGGCGCAGGCCGAAGGCGUCCCGAACCUAAGCGACCCAUUCAUCCAACAGUACUUACAGGGCCGAGACGCUUUGGUUCAGCAAGAGAAGAGACAACGAAGCGACUAUCUUUUCCGCCAGAAUCUAUCGCCCAUGGCUCAGGAAGCAUGCGCCAUCGUCUCCCAGAUUCGAUUUGAGGAGCAACAGACCCUCUGGACAAAGGAAUACGAAGACAGCUUACUAACCGAACAUGUCGAUGUCUUUCCAGGCAUGAUGUUCUCACUUGCCAAGGAGCGCAUGGAGAAGAGCAAGCUGUGGCAGAUAGUCAAGCGAAUGCCGAAAGGCGCACUCUUGCACUGUCACUUGGAAGCCAUGGUGGACCUUGACUGGGCGCUUGAAGAAGCUUUCAACACUGAGGGUGUCUGCGUUAUAGCUGAUAGUCCCAUCACCGACGACAAGACCAGGCGCAAAACCGGCUUCUCCUUCACCUACUCCAAGGACGCGAACGGUGACGCUUCAGUAUGGAACGACAGCUACACUGCGAACACACCAGUGCCUGUAAAUCAAGCCGCGGAUACCUUUCCAAAUGGCGGCAAGAAGGCCUUCAUCGAAUGGAUUCGCUCCCGUGUCACUAUUACCCAUUCAGAGCACCUCUCUCAUCACGAAGGCCCCAACGAAGUAUGGCGCAAGUUCAUAUCAUGCUUUCCUAUUCUCGGCUCCCUCAUAUACUACGAGCCCAUCUUCCGCAAGUUCGUACGCAGGAUGUGCAAGGCUCUAGUCGACGAUGGCGUAUACUACGUUGACUUGCGUGCUGCGUUCUAUACGCCCUACCGCAGCAGCAAAAAAGAGAUCUGGGACUCGGAUCACUUCAAUCUGCUUGAGCAUCUGGCGGACGAGAUUGAGAAGUUUAAGGCGAGUGAGGAAGGGAAAGACUUUUGGGGCGCUAGAAUGAUCUGGACGACCAUUAGACAGUUCGGAAAGAAGCAGGUGAUUGAGAGCAUGAAGCAAUGCAUCGAGAUGAAGAUCGAAUUCCCCGAGAUUAUCGCAGGCUACGACCUCGUAGGCCAGGAAGACCUCGGCCGCCCGCUUUCAGACCUUGCGCCCGAGCUCUUCUGGUUUCGCAAGGCCUGUGCUCAAGAAGGAGUCGACAUACCGUUCUUCUUCCAUGCCGGGGAAACGCUUGGCGACGGCGACUCAACUGACGAGAAUCUCUUUGACGCUAUUAUCUUGGGUACGCGGCGCAUAGGACACGGGUUCAGCCUUUACAAGCAUCCACUCCUUAUCGACAUGGUCAAGGAAAAGAGAAUUCUAGUGGAGAGCUGCCCAGUAUCCAAUGAAGUGCUAAGACUUUGCUCGAGCAUCAUGUCGCAUCCUCUGCCAGCGCUGCUUGCCCGUGGAGUUCCUUGCUCGCUUUGCAACGAUGAUCCCACCAUCCUUGGUCAAGGUGUAUCUGGCAUGUCGCACGACUUUUGGCAAGCGCUUCAAGGAUGGGAGAAUCUUGGUCUUGAAGGCCUGGGCUCAUUGGCGGAGAACAGCGUGCGUUGGGCUAGUCUGGAUGAUUACAGUGCGAAAGAGUGGACCCAGGAUGUCAAGGAUGGAAUGUUUGGGAAGGGUGUACGGGCACAAAGAUUGAAGGAGUGGGUGAGCAAGUGGGAGAAGUACUGUGCUUGGAUCGUCGAAGAGUACGGUGUGGAUGAGAACGUAGAGCCGGAAGAGUGA